UCAUAUCCGUCAUUAUCCGUGCGGAAUGGAUAUAAUAUUUAUCAAAGAUAAUAUGGAUAUACAAAGCGAUAACAUGGCGAUAGAGUGGUAGCCGUUGAACGCGGAUACUCGCAUUCUGAGGAUUACCAAACAUGACGGAGCCGGUGAGGUACAGUCGGGCGCAGGUGGCCGAGAAGACGGGGCGUAAUGCGGCACCAGUGUGGAUCAUAUACAAGGACUCCGUCUAUGAUGUUACUAAAUAUGUUGCUGAACAUCCCGGCGGUCCCGAGCUGGUUACAGACGAGGCGGGCACCGACUGCACCAAGGUCUUCCACGAGGCCGGCCACACGGCCGAUGCUUACACCAUACUCGCCAAAUACAAAAUAGGAGAACUACAUGAAGAAGAAAAACAUUACGAUGCCAAUGGAAAGAAGAAGAAAAUAGUAGCUGUAAAACCUGAUGGACAAACUAGAACUUGCUUAAAUAAAGUCACGUGUGGUCUUCUGGGAUAAAAUAAUUUAAGUACUGUAAUUAAGAAAUAAAUUCAAUUUAUAAGUA